UGUUGGUGUAAACUUCCCCUCUAAUUAAGUUGACCUCGUCAACCAUGUCACCCUAUUUAUUCUUCAAUCCCAACAUCAACCACAAAAAAAAAUAUCUACUUUGUUGUUCAAUCUACAAACCAAUCUAUCUUGAAAAAUGUCAGAAUUCCAUGUCAACAUUGAUCAACUUGGGAAUGGUGUUUCAACUCCAACCAUCUACAGAGUGGACGACAGCCUACGCGACAGCCUACGCUACACCAACGAGAAGGCGUAUGACCCAAUGAUCAUCUCCAUAGGGCCGUUGCACCGCGGAAAAUCCCACCUCAAAGCCAUGGAGCAACACAAAGUGAGGUACCUCAAGAAGCUGCUUGGAAACUCUGGGCAUGUUGAUAUGUACAAGGAUGCCAUAAGGAGUGAGGUAAAAAAAGCAAGAGCUUUCUACGCGGAAGAGAUUGGGCUCAGUGACAACGAGUUUUUGGACAUGCUAGUUCUUGAUGGCAUCUUCAUCGUUGAGUUCCUCCGCGAGUACAAAGUUGUGGACGGAGGGAGAGUCAGGAGAGUCGGAAAUCUCAUCUUUGAUUCCGUAUAUAUUGUGAGUCAUCUCCUUCGUGAUCUGGUGCUGUUCGAGAAUCAAAUCCCUUUGUCUGUUGUUGAAGUCCUGUUCCACCUCUCGAAUAGGGAUGAUAAGCAAGAGUUCAAGGAUCUAUUCUGGCCCUUGACAGGAUGCCAUGAUGUGCCACGUGCAAUAAUGGCUAAUGAUGAUGAUAAGCCUAAGCAUCUGCUUGGCCUAGUUCAUUCUGUCAAAUGUUUCUCCUUUGCUCAACUACGGACGCAUGAGAAACGUUGGGAGGAGAAGAAAAACAUAAACUCUGCCACAGAUCUUAAAGAAGCCGGUAUAGUCUUCAAGAAGAAGCCUAAGGUUGAGGGGAAAGAUUGUGGUUGGUUGGAUAUCACAUUCGAGAAGAGGACGCUUUACAUUCCUGAGUUGAUGAUUUCAGAUGAAACGGAGUCGUUGUUUAGAAACAUGAUUGCACAUGAGUACUAUCUCUCGGGGAGUAGGCCCAGGUACGUAAGUGAUUACGUGUUUUUCCUGCACUGCCUGAUGAGAAGCACCAAGGAUGUGGAGGUGCUGCGACGGUGUGAGGUGAUCAGAAACUGGUUGGGUGGGGAUGCUAGAGUUUAUGAGAUGGUAGACAGAUUGGGGACUAAUGUGUUUAACUCUAGGGUGUUUUCGUAUGAGGGUGUUUUCGAUGGCAUACACGAGCACUGUGAGAAGAAGUGGAACAAGUGGAUCGCGGUGUUGAGGCGCCACCACUUCAAUAAUCCAUGGACUAUCCUUUCCUUGGUUGCAGCUGUGGUUUUGCUCACGGCUACCAUUGUGCAGACAGUGUUUACUGUUACCUCCUAUUAUAAGGAAUCUUAGUUGUCUUUUUAUUUCUGCUGCAAUUUUUGUUAUCAAUACUUGCUGUGUAAUGACUUUGUCCAAAAAUAUAUGUGAAGUGAAGUGAGUAUUGUUCAGA